AUGAAAGUCAACGAGACGACAGCCAUCUCGACGUCACGUGUCCUCCUGGUGCCGUACGACAGCCAUCAUGUGCCGACGUACCACGACUGGAUGGAGGACGAGGCUGUCCGCGUGGCCACGGCAUCGGACCGACUGACGCUGGCAGAGGAGUACGAGAACCAGGUGGAGUGGCGCGCCGCCGCCGACAAGCUGACGUUUGUCCUGUGCCGGCCGCUGGGGGAGCGGGAUGAGAGCAGCAGCGGCGGCGUCGUGGCGGGCGUGGACGAUGUGCCCAGCCGCAUGGUUGGCGACAUCAACUUUUUCCUGCACGUGUGGGACGACGAGGACGACAAUGACGAAGACCACGGCGGCACAGUCGUGCUGUACAGCGGCGAGGUGGACGUUAUGAUUGCGCGGGCGGAGGACCGCGGCCAGGGGUUUGGCCGUGCUGCCGUCACGGCGCUCCUGUACUUUGUCUUGCAGCGACAUCGAGAGGCCAUCCUGGCCGAGGCGGCAGCAGGAGCAGGAGCAGGAACAGGAGCCCGUGCUGGCAAGCUACGGCGGCUCGUCGUCAAGAUUCAGGCGACCAAUACAGCGAGCAUCGGCCUGUUCACCGGCCUGGGUUUCCAGCAGCGCGGGUCUGUCAACUACUUCGGCGAGGUCGAGCUGGUGCAGGACAUUGUGGAUGGAGGGCAGGUCCCAGAGGGCUAUGCAGAACUGGAGUAUAUUCGGAGAGAAAGGGUCAAGGACUGA